GGCUGAACAAUGGUCCCGCGGAAAAACUGCUCAAUAACUAGGGCGCGCUAGGAGACAAGUUUUAUUGUUGGGCAAAACAUAUACACUUAUCGUAUAUCUGUGUCGACAAUGUGGAUACCGACAGACAAUGAAAAAUAUGGUGUGGUGAUAGCUGGUUUUCGAGGAACAGUUCCUCAUGGCUUACCAUUGGAAGUGGGCGACACAGUUCAGAUACUGGAAAAAUGUGAUGGCUGGUACAGAGGAUUUGUUUUAAAAAGUCCAAGUAUUAAGGGAAUUUUCCCAGCUACCUACAUUCACUUGAAAAAUGCAAAUGUCAAAAACAAAGGGCAAUUUGAAACAAUCAUUCCAACAGAAGACACUGUCAUCACAGAAAUGACAGGAACUUUACGAGAAUGGGGGAUUAUGUGGAAACAGCUUUAUGUGAAGAAUGAAGGGGAUUUAUUCCAUAGACUGUGGCACGUGAUGAAUGAGCUGCUGGAUCUGCGUAGGCAGGUUCUUGUGGGACAUCUGACACAUGAUCGGAUGAAAGAUGUAAAACGUCACAUUACAGCUCGCCUGGACUGGGGCAACGAACAAAUGGGCCUGGAUCUGGUUCCAAGGAAAGAAUUCAGUAUGGUGGAUCCUGAUGAAAUCAGUGUCACAGAACUGUACAAAUUGAUGGAGCACAGACAUCGCAAGAAAGAUACCCCAGUACCGAUGAGUACCCAUCACCUCUUUCUGCAGAUGAAAAGUCUGAUGUGUGCUAAUCUAGGCGAAGAACUAGAAGUCUUCUUUUCAAUUUAUGAUAGCAGGGAAAAUCAUCCAGUCAGUGAAAGAUUUUUUGUAAAAUUGAAUAAGAAUGGAUUGCCAAAAUUUCCGGAGAGAAUGGAAAGGCAAUGCACUCUCUUUAUUGAUUUGGGCAGCAGUGACCUCAGGAAGGAUAUAUAUAUUAUUGUUCACAUUAUAAGACUGGGUCGAAUGGCUGCAGGAGAGAAGAAAAAUACUUGCAACGCACAGUAUCGUCGACCAUUUGGUUGUGCAGUCCUAAGCAUUGCAGACUUGCUGCAAACUGAAAGGGAUACCAGGGACUCUAAAGAGGACCACAUGCUUAAAGUCUACAUGUGCAAUACUGAAAGUGAAUGGUACCAAAUACAUGAAAAUAUUAUCAAGAAGUUAAAUGCACGAUACAAUUUGACAAGUUCAAAUGCUGGUUUGUCAGUUGCACUACAGCUGCUACAUGGAGAUAUUGAUCAGAUCUGGAGAGAGUACCCGGUAUUGUUCACAAGAGGUGUGGCUAUCACCAGAAAGUUGGGCUUUUCAGAUAUUAUAAUGCCAGGUGAUAUCAGAAAUGACUUGUACGUAACACUGGAGAGAGGAGAAUUUGAGAAAGGAGGCAAGAGCGUGGCCAGGAAUGUAGAUGUUACCAUGUACGUUUUAGAUAGUGAGGGACAAAUCCUAAAGGAUUGUAUUUCACUGGGGUCUGGAGAAAUUCCAGUGAGUGAACACCAUUCCUUUGUGCUUUACCACAACAAUAGCCCGAGGUGGGCUGAGCCGCUGAAGCUUCCUAUUCCAGUGGAUAAAUUUAGGGGUGCACAUAUCCGCCUUGAAUUCAGGCACUGUUCCACAAAGGAAAAAGGAGAGAAAAAGCUUUUUGGGUUCUCCUUUGUUCCACUGAUGCAAGAAGAUGGCAGAACAUUGCCAGAUGGUAUUCAUGAACUCUUAGUCCACAAGUGUGAAGAAAACACCAGCUUUCAGGACCCUGCUCGCUACCUCAAACUUCAGUAUUGUAAAGGAAAUCUCCAUGGCAACAGUCAACCAGUCAAAGCUUCCAAGGAGACUUUUUGGAUCUCGUCAUUUCUGUGCUCGACUAAACUCACUCAGAAUGGAGACUUGUUGGAUUUUUUGAAGUGGAGAGCCCACCCAGAAAGAAUAUGUGACAUCCUGUCAAAAUUCAAAGAUAUCGAUGGUGCAGAAAUAGUCAAGUUUCUGCAAGAUACAUUGGAUGCAUUAUUUGGAAUUUUGGAUGAAAAUCCACAAAAAUAUGGAUUGAAGGUUUUUGAUUCAUUGGUUCAUAUAAUCAAUUUGCUGCAGGACAUCAAGUUUCAGCAUUUUAAGCCAGUCAUGGAUACAUACAUAGAAAGCCAUUUUGCUGGAGCAUUAGCUUACAGGGACCUUAUAAAAGUGCUGAAACGAUACAUUGAUCGAUCAAUAGAAGCAGAGAGACAGGAACAUAUUCAGGAUGUUUUGAGGGCACAGGAAUAUAUAUUUAAAUAUAUAAUUCAUUCCCGAAGCCUAUACACUCUUGCAACUGGUGGACAGAAUGAGGAAGAAUUUCGAAGCAGUAUUUAUGAAUUAUUCCAGUCAGUGCGUUACUUCCUGUCUAUUGAAAGCCAAGGUUCCUCAAUCAUUACACAGACACAGGCUGUGUUCCUGAGCUCUUUUCCAGCUGUAUACUCCGAGCUUCUGAAACUGAUAGACGUGCGAGAAGUGGCAAACCUGGUAAGAGACACCUUGCGCAGCAUGCCGGAUGUCCUGCAUGUGGAAUAUUCACUGGAAGCUGUCAAACUCCAAUGCAUUGCUAAAACAGUGGAGAGUCAACUAUUCACUAAUCCUGAUUCUCGCUGCAUUCUCCUACCUGUGGUUCUACACCAUCUCCACAUGCAUUUGCAAGAACAGAAGGAUCUAAUCAUGUGUGCACGCAUCCUUAGCACAACAUUUUGUCUGAUCAAGAAGGACAGCUCUGAAAUAACUGCUUCGGAGGAGGUGGACACCCUUGUAGACAGUUUGCUAGGUGUGCUGCUGAGAACCAUAUUAGAAAUCAGCAACAGGUCACAGCCCUCUGGACCGACAAUUCGUCUGCAGUUUCAGGACGUGACUGGUGAGUUUGUGGCAUGUCUGCUUGCUCUACUAAGGCAAAUGACAGAUAAACAUUAUCAACAACUUCUGGAAAGCUUCACCAGCAAAGAUGAUCUCCGGGAUUUCCUGCUGCAGAUUUUUACAGUGUUUAAGAUUCUAAUAAGACCAGAGAUGUUUCCAAAAGACUGGACGAUAAUGCGCUUGGUUACCAACAAUGUGAUCAUCACUACAAUUCUCUAUCUCUCUGAUGCACUCAGAAAGAAUUUUCUAAACGAAGGCUUUGACUUCAAGGUGUGGGAUUCUUACUUCUUUUUGGCAGUAAUAUUUAUCAAUCAGCCUUGCCUUCAGCUUGAGAUGUUUUCUCCUUCAAAAAGGAAAAAAGUUCUAGAAAAAUAUGGAGACAUGAGGGUGAUGAUGGGAUGUGAAAUCUUCAGCAUGUGGCAAAAUCUAGGAGAGCACAAGCUACAAUUUAUUCCUGGACUUAUUGGACCAUUUUUAGAAGUGACACUUGUACCCCAGGCUGACCUUCGGAAUGUGAUGAUCCCAAUUUUCCAUGACAUGAUGGACUGGGAGCAGAGACGUACUGGAAACUUCAAACAGGUGGAGGCGAAACUGAUAGACAAAUUGGACAGCUUAAUGUCAGAAGGCAAAGGUGAUGAAACUUACCGAGAGCUUUUCAACAGCAUCCUGCUGAAGAAAAUUGAGAGAGAAACCUGGCGAGAAAGUGGUAUUUCUCUAGUAGCUACUGUAACUCGCCUAAUGGAAAGGUUGCUGGAUUACAGAGACUGCAUGAAAGUGGCAGAGGUUGAUGGCAAAAAGAUUGGCUGUACAGUUAGCCUGUUGAAUUUUUAUAAAACAGAAAUAAAUAAAGAAGAAAUGUACAUCCGUUACAUUCAUAAGCUGUAUGAUUUGCAUUUAAAGGCACAAAACUUCACAGAAGCUGCGUACACUCUGCUUUUGUAUGAUGAGCUCCUGGAGUGGUCAGAGAGGCCACUGCGAGAAUUCCUUCAUUAUCCAAUGCAGACUGAGUGGCAGCGCAAGGAGAUUCUUCAUCUCACCAUCAUCCAGAACUUUGACAAAGGCAAAUGUUGGGAAAAUGGAAUUAUCCUUUGCCGGGAGUUGGCAGACCAAUAUGAGAGCUUCUAUGAUUACCGCAAUCUGAGCAAGAUGAGGAUGAUGGAGGCUUCUUUCUACGAUAAAAUAAUGGAUCAGCAGCGUUUGGAGCCCGAGUUUUUCAGGGUUGGAUUUUAUGGGAAAAAAUUUCCGUUCUUCUUAAGAAACAAGGAGUUUGUCUGUCGAGGACAUGAUUAUGAGCGAUUGGAGGCCUUCCAACAGCGAAUGUUGAAUGAGUUCCCACAUGCAAUUGCUAUGCAGCAUGCCAACCAGCCUGAGGAGACCAUUUUUCAGGCUGAUGCACAGUAUCUGCAGAUUUAUGCAGUAAUUCCCAUUCCUGAUAAUCAUGAGAUACUGCAGAAAGAAGCUAUACCUGACCAUAUUAAGAGUUUUUAUAGAGUCAACAAUAUCUGGAGGUUCAGAUAUGAUCGACCAUUCCACAAAGGAAUCAAGGACAAAGAAAACGAGUUCAAGAGUCUGUGGGUUGAGCGAACUACUUUGACAUUGGUUCAGAGUUUACCAGGUAUCUCCCGCUGGUUUGAGGUGGAUAGACGGGAAGUGGUUGAAAUGAGUCCUCUUGAAAAUGCAAUUGAGGUGCUGGAGAACAAGAACCAACAACUGCGAACUCUAAUCACACAGUGUCAGUCAAGACAGAUGCAGAAUAUCAAUCCCCUGACCAUGUGUCUCAAUGGUGUCAUUGAUGCAGCCGUUAAUGGAGGACUUGCCAGAUACCAAGAGGCAUUCUUUGUGAAGGACUACAUUCUCAACCACCCUGAGGAUGGAGAGAAAAUCUCUCGACUGAGGGAACUAAUGUUUGAACAGGCCCAUAUUCUGGAGUAUGGUUUGGCUGUGCAUGAGAAGUUUGUACCGCAAGACAUGAGACCAUUACACAAGAAGCUGGUGGAUCAGUUCUUUGUGAUGAAGUCCAGGUUGGGGAUACAGGAUUUUCCAGGAUAUGCUCGUGUGAGCCCAAUACACUUAACCAACGGUAGCCCUCGUACUUGCAGGAACCCUACGUUGGGUGCUAUAAGUCCAGAUGGAGCCAGACUUGUCAACAGACGCAGCCCAUUAAGUUACCCAGCGUUCAACAGGUACUCUUCUUCUUCAUUGUCAUCACAAGCAUCAGCUGAAGUUAGCAACAUCACUGGGCAGUCUGAAAGCUCUGACGAAGUCUUUCAAAUGCAGGCAAGUCCAUCUACCUCGAGCUUAAGCUCCACUCAUUCAGCAUCUCCAAAUGUUACUAGUUCAGCUCCAUCCAGUGCCAGAGGCUCCCCGCUGCUAUCUGAUAAACACAAACAUUCAAGAGAAAAUACAUGUUUGUCUCCCAGAGAACGACCUUGUAGUGCAAUUUAUCCAAUAUCUGUGGAACCUGUGCAGCAGACACUUACCCAGCAGAUUGGUGAUUCCUGCAUGCCCAGAAGUGAUCCCAAUUUAUCUGCACCUGAAAAAGUAAUGAACCCAACUCCUAGUAGUUGGAGUCUAGACAGUGGUAAGGAAGCUCGAAACUGUGUACCAGACAGUGCAAAGCUGGUGUCACCUCCUGUCCCACCCAGGCCACCACAUACAGGUUCACCUGCAAAGACAUACAGGUCCUUUUCUCCACAGGCUUUUGAAACACCUCCUGCCAAUCCCAGAUCUCCUCAUAAGAGUUCUGUUCAAUCAUUGACACCUUCUCCCACUGAUUAUCAAUCCUUGGGGCCAGUUUACAACUCACCUGUACUGUCUGGAAGCAGUAGUAGUGGUAUCUCCUCCCUGAGCAGGGGAAGUGUGACCGAGACCACCUUGACUGAUGGAACAAUUACAUGCACCUUAAUUGGCUCUGAGGAAUUAAUUAAAAGGGAGAAUGGAACCUUUGCUUGUAUGCCACCACGCUACAACUUAUCUGAACAUGGCACUGGAACGUCAAGACGUCGAGCUCCUCUACCUCAUAGCCUGUCUGUUCCUCCCAGUGCUGAGCCACCAGCUCUCCCUCCUAAACCCCAUGUACUGCGUGUACAUAGGUCAGAAGGUGAAAACAGAAUGGAUGAAAUUCUUGUCAGACCCAGAUCUCAGCCUCGAAAAGUGUCUCAACUAUAGAAAAUCUGAACGUGCAAAGAUUUUGUUCAACCUAAAUGCUAAUUUGGCCAAAAGAAUCCAGGUGGGCACCUUAAACUUAAACUGUUUUGACCGCAUGUAUGUACCCAUUGAUCAGUGAAUCUGCUGAUAUGUAAUGGAACACUGUUAUGCAAUAGGUCAGGAUGGAGAAAUAGAAGUAACUAGCACGUGACCAGAAUGGUAUUCCAGUUGCAAUGGAGUAAAAUUUUCCCCAGUUUGUAUUUGCGCUAUUGACACAAAUGCUUUACUAUGGCUAAUGUCUGUUAGCCAGGGAUCUAUGAGAAAGCACAUUAGUUAGGAUAAUAGGUGGGCAAAACAUCGUGGGCCGAAGGCCUGUACUGUUCUAUGUUCUACAUUCUUAGUAUAAAAAUAGAGCCUCUAUUCCACUUUGUUUACCAUUUUGAUAUUUGCACAUAUAGGAUUGGACACAUAUAGUUCAUCGUUUUAUUAUGUUGGUUUUUGAAUGAGAGGUAGCUCGCCUUCUGAAACUAAUUUGGAAGGAAAUAUUUCUUCUUAUUUAUUUCUUUCCUUUGUCCUCUUUCUGUUUCUCUAUCUUUAUCUCCAUCUCAUUUCAUUUUUGUGCACCAUACACUCUAUGUUUGCAUUUUUAAUAUGCAUAUUUUUCACCAAAUUACUCAAGUAUUAGCAUAGAAGUGAAAAAAAAGUAUAACAUUUGGAAAAUCUUUUGACCAUUUUUCCAGCAAAAUGAGUUGGGGGUUUGUAAAGAAUUUAUGUUUAAAGAUUGUAUUUAAAGCUACAUUUGUUCACACAAGUUGAAAAAAGGCAAAGAAACAAUAAGCGUUUUAAACUAGUAGUUUUCCCAAAGAGUACAAAUCUGUCAUGUUCCAACAGCCUUAAAAAAACAGAGCUUUUGAUAAUUGCCCAGUAUUGCAGGAAAGCAGGAAAACUGUCUCGUUAGAAAAACUCUCUAGUUUGUCAAUUGGCCCCAAAUCCUUUACAUAGGAUUAACAGCGAAUUGGCCAUUCGUCCAACAGGUGGUGAUUGUUUCACAUAACCUUCCUCCCAUUGCCUCAUAUUACCCUAUCAACAAAUCCUUUUAUUUCUUUUUCCCUUGUAUUCCUGUAAGAAUUGAUGUGAACAGUGUCCAUAUUGUUGCACAUAAGUAAAUAUAGCUGCCUUAAUUAAGUUACAAGUUGGGAUAGGUAAUCAUGUUUCAGCAGUUCACAUGUACUGAAGAAUUUGUUAAGUUGUAACUUUACACAAGUUUUUACAAGGUUAAUAGUGUAAAAGUACGUUACAUUUUUAAUUCUGAAUUUUACAGACUGGGAUUGACUUUGGGAAGGUCAUGUUUGUGGGACAGUGAUCUUUGUGGCAAUCAGCUAUUUCAUAGCCUAAAGGAGAUGCCUGAAAUGUCAUCAUCUAACUCUGCAGACUGGCUUAUUUAUGAAAUUGUUGAAGUAUAUUAAAUAUCAUGUCAACUUUUCCCCUGAAUACAAAAAGUCACAAACUGUUUAUGACAUUGUAAUUAAAACAAGAACCUAUCACCCUUAAUUAAAUAAUUCUAAUUUCCUUUGUUAGUCAAGUGCCUGCCUGAAUACUUUUAGGUUGAACAGAGUGUAUCAAAUUUCUCGUCUGGCAUUUGGCUACAGUUACAGAGGGACUACUUAUUCUGAUGCCAGAAGCCUUUAUCAGCCCAUACUAUUACCUAUCUAAUUGUUCAGAUACAUACAGUAAAUAUUAUCCAUGAAGCAAAAUUUGGAGAGGAGUUGCUAAAAUGAGUUCCUGGAAUUUUUCUUCAGUUUUCAAAAUGUUAUUAUUAAUGGAGAGGACAAAUAUUUUAACAAUUGCAUUACAUAUUAACAAUGAUUGUAAAAGUGAUAAAAGGGCUAAUUUGAACAAUCUUUGAAAAGCACAAACGGUAUCUAUGAGCAAGAGUACUCGAAGCGUAGUUAUAUUUAAAAGGGAAGUGAAUGUUUAUGCUCUUAAGGUAUAUUUCUUGGAAGAAUUACAAAUUGAAUGUUUGAAGCAAUGUAUUAUAAUAGAAUAAACUGAAAGUACAGUUUUAACAUCCUUUUGGAUUUGAACAGUGUCAAUAGCAAAGUUGGGGCAAGAGGAAGAUAUUUUCAAUAUACAUUAAAAAUGAAAAAAAAAACUUUAAACAGUUAUAUCAAAAAAUGUUAUAUGAAUGAGCUGGUGGACCAUACAAAUCUACCUGUUUAUAAAUAAGAACUUCAGAAUAAUGGCUACUUGUGAAAUUUCAAAGACUUUCAGCUGAAAUGUUCUAUAAUAUGGCUACUUUUUCUGCUUUAGAAAGGAAUGUAUGUUUUUCCUGAUCAGAUAUUCAAAGCAAUCUUCAGAGACUGAGAUUCAUAAAUAAUUGCAGUUUAUUUUUCAGAGCAUUACUAAAUCAUUCUCUGCAUGCUUCUAUAUAAUCCAUUCUAAAUUGUAUAUUUAUAUAUUCUGUGGCAGUUUGCUCAAUGGUCCGGCUGAAAAAAUUUGCAAAUAACCUAUUUAAGUAACAUCACAGAACGAUACAGUCAAGCCAAUAUGACUUUUGUUCAAUUGGCACCUGUAAAAUGACCUGUGCUAUGGCUUUAUAUCAUUAGUCAAGUCAAAUGCAACAACCAAUUCAAUUCCUUUUUCAUGUUGAUAUAAAGAUAGACUUGCUUGAGAUGCAGCAGGUGGAAAGUAAAUUGAGAAAUUUUGUGAGCAUGUUCUCUGUUUUGAAUCAUCAAAAUUAUGCCUUUAUUGCUGUUUUCUUUACUCAAAAAUAUGUAGGUCAUGUCGCAAAUCACAACAGCUUGGUUAAAGUAGCCAAAUUUAAAUUUGUCACUGGUGGUUACAAAUGGCUUUGUAUUUUGACCUUGAUUGUCAUAAAAACCCUCAAGUCCAGUAGUGUCUUCAAGGGAAGGAAAUCAGACAUGCAUACCUAGUUUAACCUAUGUGUUACCCCAUUCCAUUACCAAUAUAGUUGAUCCUUGGUUGUCCUAACUUGUAUUAUACCACUAUUGGUUUCAGAAAACCCACCGUCACUAUUUCAGCACAACCAGGGAGAGCCAAUAAAAAUGUUUCCAUUGACAAUGAUCCCCACAUCUUACUUCAUCCAUUUAGAAAGCUCUCCGUAUUUCAGCAUCAAAUUUAUUUUCAUUACUCCUGGGUGUUCACCUCCACUGUUCCAUCUGAGCAUCAAUUCUGUGCACUGAUCACCUUUUUUAAUGGAAUAUUGUGUGAAAUCCAUCAUGGACGUACCUUUAACUACUUUGGACGUGUGUUUACCCUAUCCUACUGUCACAACUUAAUUUAUGUUCUAGAUUUACCUUGUCCAUUCCCAUAACUAGCUUGUUCACUGCUAAUAUAAUUUCUUGACCGACUGAAAUCACAGCGGUUCUUUGGCCUUUCACUGUAUCACAAAACUUUGACACUGAACAUAAACUUUGUGGUUCUACUUGGAACUGUCUCUAGUGCUUGAAAGGAAAGUAUUACACUUCUCGCCAUGAAAUAAAGUAUUGGGAAAUUCUGCAGCCAGUUUGCACAGAGCAGGAUCACACAAACAACAAGGCAACAAAUUACAAAGUAAAAGUGUUUUACUCAUGUUGAGCAACAAAUUUUCAGGAGUCCCCUGCUUACUUUCAAAUAAGUGUCAUCCCACCUUUAAUGACCACCUGAGAAAAGAGGCAGAACCUGGAUUUAAUGUCUCAUUCAAAACCCAGCACUUUCCUUAGUUAGAUUCAAUUGUGUCUUCAAGUCUUGGAGUGGGUCUUGAACCAUAAUGAUUUGAUUUACAGGAGAGGCUACUGCCAUUGACUAAUGCUUAACCAUUGCGCUCAAUUUUACUUCUGUACAAAAUAAAAACCGAAAGAACUGCAGAUGCUGUAAAUCAGGAACAAAAACAGAAGUU